UCCAUCACACCAGCUUCCGCCUCAGUCAUAACUUGAAGACAGCAGAUAGAAACAUGUCGGGACUCCUGAGGACCUUUGCCAGCCGUGCUGCCCCAGCUCUGCGGCAACAGAGCGUCGCCCAGAGGGCAAAUCUGUACAGCCGACCGGCCAAGGAUAAGAUCGGAGUGAAGGAAACUGCGAUCGGGCUCACCAUGUUCUCCCUGGCCAUCCUGGGACCAUCUGGGUGGGUCCUGGCUCACCUGGAGGAUUACAAGAAUAAGGCGUAAUGUGAACAUUUUAGCAGUCUUUUACCUGCCGUUUCCAGUCUCCAGUGACAACCUGGGACCAUCUACAUCUUCGAUUUCCUCCUCUCCGCUGGCAGAGAAGUUUUACCUCCUCUCCUCUACCUCUCUGACGGCUCCACUCAACAUCCCAAAUGGAACAACUGUUUCAACAAUAUUGACUCCUUCACAUUGAAUACAUUUAAUAUUGUAUUGUACAUCUUUCUUCUUAAGGAGUAUGUUACAAGAUUAAAUUUUAAACAACA